AUGCCGAAUGACUUCAACGAGGGCACCCCCCUGAUCCUCCGCCCGGAGGGGAGGACAUUCCAGACGAGGCAGCUGCUCUUCGUUCUCCUACUGGGACAAACCCUAGCCAUUGCAAACACCGCUGCCAGCAGCUUCACCACCCUGCUCGCCCGCCACGGAACCUCCAUCCCCGCCGCGCAGACGAUCCUCAACUACGCCCUGCUCAACUGCCUGUUUACCCCGUACACCGUCUACCGCUAUGGUUUUAGACCUUGGACCCGUCUUCUCAUCCGGGAUGGAUGGAAAUAUGCCAUCCUCGCCCUUUGCGAUGUCCAAGGCAACUUCUUCAUCGUCCUGGCAUACCGGCACACGACCAUCCUAAGCGCCCAGCUCAUCAACUUCUGGGCCAUUGUCGUUGUCGUGCUCGUGUCGGCUUUCUUCCUCGGUGUUCGCUACCGGCUGGUCCAGAUCGUGGGCAUCCUCACCUGUAUAGCGGGGAUGAUCAUUCUCCUUGCCUCGGACAAGAUCACAAACAAUAACGGUGGAAAUGGUGGAAAUGGUGACAGCUCGGAUCUCCUCAAAGGAGAUCUGUUCGCUCUACUCGGGGCAACCUUCUACGGCCUCACAAACACCGCAGAGGAGUACCUGGUGAGUACGCGGCCGGUCUACGAGGUCCUGGGCCAGAUGGCGUUUUUCGCAACCCUCAUCAACGGCGUGCAGGCGUUGCUUUUCAACGGAGAUGCACGGAUAGUCUUCGACGGACAGACUUCGGUAUAUCUUACAGGGUAUACCCUCUCUCUUACGCUGUUCUAUUCUCUCGUCCCGUUCCUGCUCCGUCGCUCAUCGGCCGCCUUCUUCAAUAUCUCCCUGCUGACCAUGAACUUCUGGGGGGUCCUCAUCGGCAUCGCCAUCUUUCAUUUCCAUGUCCAUGUGCUCUACCCGCUGGCCUUCCUCUUGAUUCUCCUCGGUCAGGUCGUUUAUUAUAUUGGUCAUCGCGAGGAGAACCGGCUCCCUUGA